GGCGCUCUGCGCGCAAGCCGCGCUCUCUCUGGCCCUGGCGGACCGCGAAGAUGGCGGCGCCCAUGGAGGUGGCGUUGGUGUCGGACGCCGCCGGGCCGCUGUGCAACUGCUCGGUCUGGGAGCUGCACUCGGGUUCCGCGUUGCCCGGUUACCGCGGCGGGAACACCGGCCCGCGCGGGCUGGCGUUGCUGGGAGGCGAGCACCUGCUGGGGGCCCAGCUGGGCAAGAGCUACAUCAACGUGUGGGAGCUGCAGAGGAAGGACCAGCUCCAGCAGAAGAUCAUUUGCCCUGGACCAGUGACCUGCCUGACUGCUUCUCCCAACGGUCUCUACAUCCUGGCUGGCGUUGCUGAGAGCAUCUACCUGUGGGAGGUCUCCAAUGGGAACCUCCUGGCCAUCCUGAACCGACACUACCAGGACCUCACAUGCCUCUGCUUCACUGAUGACAGCAGCCACUUUCUCUCGGGGGCGAAGGACUGCCUGGCGCUGGUGUGGAACCUGUACAGUGUUCUGCAGGCAGAGCCCUCCCAGAUCCCAGACCCUCGCCACGUGUGGUCCCGACAUAGCCUCCCCAUCACGGACAUGUGCUGUGGCUUUGGAGGACCUUUGGCACGAGCUGCCACCGCAUCCCUUGACCAGACAGCAAAGCUCUGGGAAGUCUCAUCCGGGGAGCUCCUGCUUUCAGUCCUGUUUGAUGUGGGGAUCAUGGCUGUGACCCUGGACCUCUCCGAGUAUCACAUGUUCUGUGGUGGCAUGGAUGGAUCCAUCUUCCAGGUCGACCUCUGUGCCUGGCCAGUCCAGAGAGACCGGACCUUCCAGACAGAGCGGGAGAAUGGGAAGAUCUUCAAAGGGCACAGGAACCAGGUGACGUGUCUGUCCGUCUCCACGGAUGGCAGCCUGUUGCUUUCUGGCUCACACGAUGAAACAGUGCGGCUGUGGGACAUCCAGAGCAAGCAGUGCCUGAAGACGAUGAAUCACAAAGGUCCGGUUACGAACGCCUUCAUAGUGCUGGCCCCAGCCAACAUGCUCAACCCGGACGGGAAACCCAGCGUGCCUCUGCCCAAAUUCAGCAAGCACCUCUAUGGCACCGAAAGCAGCGACGAGCAGGGCAGCGAGGGAGUGACACUGCGCCUCGGGCUGCACCAGCAGGAAUCUGGGGAGAGCUAUCUAGAGAAGGCUGAGAAGAUGUACUCCCAGAUGUGCUCCACGAGGGAAAAGAACCUGAUGGGAGACCAGGAGCAUCUGACGAUCCAGGUGAGCGAGCUGGAAGAAGAGCUCCUGGGGAAGGACACCCAGCCCAAGGGCACGUGCAGAUGGGCAAGCACGCGUGGCUCGCAUCCUCGCCGGCGCCCGGCCCGCGAUGUGACACACCAAGGAGCGUUGGCCUGCUCGCUCUGGGAUCCCUUUGACCACGCAGGACUGAGAUGGGCACGGGGGCUGCGGGGCUGCGUGCGGUCACAGCCGGCUGCCUGCAGGAUGGCACGGGGCCGGGGCUGAGCGACGCAGCUGCGGCGCGGGGCAGCGAGUCCGGCUGCGGUGCCCUUCAGGACGCAGCUCCUGCUCUUCUCCUUUCUCUUCCCCUGGCCUUUUCAUGUUGCUUUUCGUUCCUUGACCCUGCGGCGCAGACAGAAAAGUGGGUUUUCACCUCUCCCAAUGCCACUUUGAGAUUGGAUUUUAGAGACACCUUCUGCCCACCCCUGGCUGGGAGAUGCCGCUCGGUUCCCCUGGACCCGUUGCAGCCCGGUCCCUGCUUGGGGGCUCAGUUUACUCCUGUGCAGCGGGGGCUGUGCAGUUCCUGCCCCCCCCCACCUGGGCACCCCCAGCCAGCAGUGGGGGCUGUGGGCCCUGCCCCCCCCUCCGGGGGCUCUGCGUGUGUCUGCCCCAGGGCACGGGGCUGAGCAGGGGAAGAAGCAUGGUGCUAUUUCCGAUCUCCUAUGUUGACGAUUUAUAUAUAUUUGGAUCCAGCUACUUUGUUUUCCACGGUGUUCUGGGGAAUCAGCCUUUUGUAUUGUCACUAGCAUGGCGGCGGGGGUUGUGGGUUUUGUUUAGGUUUAUUUUUUACAUAAAAGAUUUGUUUUUUAUAGUGAAA